AUGGCGGUCAACGGCAUGUCGUUCGUGGGUGCCGAUGUGCCAGGCUUCUUCGGUAAUCCCACUAAUGAGCUCUUCAUCCGAUGGCAUCAGCUGGGGGCUCUGGCAUAUCCAUUUUAUCGGGCCCAUGCUCACCUGAACACCCUUAGAAGGGAGCCAUGGAUGCUCGGACCAGAAGCACUAGAACAUGUGAGAGGAGCAGUGAGUGUGAGGUAUACCCUGAUGCCGAUGUGGUACACCCUGUUCAUGGAAUACUCAUUGGGUGGAAGACCUGUAAUACGCCCUCUAUGGUUCGAUAAUCACGACGAUAUCAAUACAUUCGCGGAAGCGACUCAGAAUACUCAUAUCAUGGUUGGCGACGAUAUAUUGGUCAAGGCAGUGUCGCAUUCAGUUGAUAAGAGUGUGAACGAUCAUGUGUAUCUACCACAAUCUAGACACGCUCAUGAUGGAUGGUAUGAUUUCUACUCCUUUGACUGGAAGAAGGGAGGCUUGGAUCACGAGUUGCGACUGCCGGCUCACUCACUACCCAUGUACAUGCGUGCAGGGAGUAUCAUCACGCGAAAGAUGAGGCGAAGAAGGUCCACACAGGCGAUGGAAAACGAUCCAUACACGAUUUAUAUCAAUUGUGCCAUAGAUGCUGAGGAAGGUGGUAUGAUGGCCCAUGCUUCGGGCAGGCUCUACAUCGAUGCUGGUGAUGGUUAUGAGUAUUUGGACGGGCAAUUCCUCUACAUGAAGAUGAAUUAUCGUUAUAGAACAUUAAAGGCCGAACCUUUGAGCAUUCCACUCCACCACAAGCUCGAUGAUAAAGGGCGGCCCACUCGAAUCCACGGGAAGUUGUCUGGAUGGUCUCAAGGAGGGCUUGGUGUCGAAAGACUUGUUUUUGUUGGCUCAACGGUCGCUCCAGACGUCAUAAAGUAUAUCGAUUCGAAUGGUGAGCAAGACUUGCUGUUCACCAUCACUGAUAUGGGCUUGUCCCACCCUCCACGGUUCCAUAUUGUGGUUAAACGUCCCCGGAUUACACUGGGUGAUUACGGUUGGCGUAUCGAGUUGAGAGGACUUAAUUUUGCUAAGGUUAGUGGUGGAUCUUAUUGUGUGGAAGACGGCUUUGGACGAUAG